AUGGCGGCGGGGCUGCUGGGCGGCUUGGGGUCGGAGCGAAGGCUGGCCCGCUCGGUAGCUCAUCUGCUAAAGUAUUACAUUGAGGUGCAAAGAAAGGAAAACUCCUUCCAGUCGUCAGGCCUCUCCUGGGAUGAGGCUGAAAACUUCUAUUUGCACCCUGCUUACCUGACUGAGCAGAGGACAAAGGAACAUAAUUUUGCCAAGAUUAAGCUGGAAGCAUUCCUCCGAGCCUACAUUGGCAAUGCUGAAGAAUGUAAUAGGAAAAUCCAGGGAAACCUAGCCAAGCAAAAGGAAGUGGAAAAGCUUAUUAAAAAGAUGGCCCGAGAUUAUGUACCUGACAGAAUAAACGAGAUGAAAAUGAAGAACAGGACAAGGCCGAACAAGCUGCAAGGCAGCCUCUCCAAACUCUAUUUGAACGCUGUUCCACGCAUAUCACCAGAAGAAGUGAAAAGACUGGUUUCAUCAGCAUCCAAGCUUAUUGUUGCCGUGACUUCUAAAAUGUCCCCAGAAGAAAUGGAAACAACUCAAGGGCUUAAGAGAAGAGAGACGAAGAGUGUGAAGAGUUUCCGCAAGAAGGAUUUUUCCACCGUCCUUUUUCAUGAGGAUCAAGCGAGAAGAGGCCAACAAAGCCGAACAAGACAAAGCGAUAAAGAGAUAAAUGGAAAGGCCAAACCUUCAAAUGCUUCCAGUACUUCUCCAGCUAAAUCUAAGAGAAUUUUGUCCAUGGCUGCUUGGAAUACUCAGCAGAAGAACUCUGUGUCCUCUUUGAAAAGUACAGAUAAUGCCGGUAUGCGUUCUCGUACAUCGUUUAAAAUCAGAAGACAGGAGUCCUCUUCCAAACCCGGUGAAAAUGUUUCAAGCAAGAAGUGUCCAUCGAGAAAGCCCCUGGCUCCAAAACCAAGCCAGGCACUUGGAUCCAAAGCCCAUGAAGAUCGGCUUCAACGUUCGGCCGUCUCGAAAACCAAAGGACAGGAAGUGUCGAAAGUGAGCCGCACUCACCCCUCUGCCAGGUCAACGGCUGAAAUUUACAGCAGCCAGCGUUCAACAAGCGGAAAAAAGGUUUCCGGGUCCUCUAUCCUGAAAAGGGCCAGUGGUCCUAAACCCCACCAAAAUGAUCCCGGAGAAAAGCUUGCGAAAUGCACGCAAAGGAACGGGUUUAAAGACGAACGGGAAGGAAGGGAUUCGCUAUCCCGAACCGCUUCCAGAGGCCAUCAGGUCAACUUUGCAAAUUGGGAUUCUCUUGGCUUGGAGAGGCGUCGAGUAAGAGGCUCUGAUGAUGAUGGGGAUCAUGGGGAUGGUGCCACUGCAUCUUACCCAGAGGAAUGUGGGCUCACAGGAUACAUUAAAGAAGGAUGUAACUCUACAGUCCAACAAGGACCGACUUUUCUGCAUGAGCUUUGCCAGGAGAUGACUCAAGAAGCACCUGCUGAUCAGACUGAGAGCGAAUCGAACCAGUCGUUCUCUUGGAAGGAGCCCCGAGUCGCCCAUGCAGCAGAGGAUCACGUCAAUAGCUUGCGUGCGUUAGAAGAGUCCUCUAAACAGGAGGCCAUCUGCAUCCCACCCAGGGCUCCAGCUGGUUGCAGAUGUUCCAAACUACCAAAUUACUGCGUGUGUGAAAUCAAGGAAGAGCAGGAGAUCGGAUUUCCUGGGAAAGCUACAGUGCUUUUGAAAAGUUUGGACAGGGGACUAUCCGAUGACGAGUUCACCAACUCCUCUCUCAAGCAGUGCCAGAUCGUCAAGCUGGUUACGCGAACAGACGGGUGAAAACAUGACACCGAAGGAGGGCGUCAACCCCAAGAUGGUAAUGUUUCUUUAGCAACUUCUGAAGGCUCCUGAAAAUGGCACCAUCCCACAGGAAGUGUCCCAUCAGUAUGAAAAACAGAAGUAAAAAUCUUGUUAAAUUUUCCUUGCCAGUGACUGCUUUGCAUUUCAUUCGAUGCUCGAGAAGUUACACACCUUUACAUUAUUUUGUAAUAAUCCGAAUUUGCUCAAGGAUGUCGCAACAAUUUGGUAGACCGUUAGAUGAUUUAUUGCAGAUCUCUAGACUUCUCUCAGGGCGUUUUUCUUCUAGACCUGUUGGAUUAUAGCUUCCACUGCUCCAAGCAUUAUGCUGGUUUUAAGAUUCAGUAUUUAUGUAACUUUAAAAUGAAGUUAGAACUAGUACUUCUAAAUGUGCUUCCUUUCCGGACAAUACUGAUCAUGAAAAUAAGGCCAUAUUUUUCCAGACAAGGAGUUUAUUUUUCUGUUUCCCCAAAUUUUCUCAGCUCAGACCCCUGAACCUAAAACAGCGUAUUUUAAAACUGAGUUGUGUCUAAUUCUGUUAAAUGUUCUGGCUGCUACUUCAUUUAUUGCUCAACCUAAUCCAAUUUAACACAGUAUUUGAGUGUUCAUAGCAGUCAAAUAAUCAGUAUUGUGUUUUUAUGAUGUUUUCCCCAUAUUUUAGCCAAAUCCUGACUAAAUGAUAAUAAAUGAUGGGAAUUUAUUGUAGGUAUAAAUAACUUAUGCGCUGAUUAUGUAACUGACGAUGAUGCUACGACAUUGCAAAAAUUUUAUUCUGAUGAAGCUGUUUUGAGUAUCUUUUCUUAUAAAGUAUUUUCUUUGGUUAGCCCGAUCAUCUUUUAAAACUGUCCAAACACAAAUAAAAGCAUGUUGUUUCUA